GGCUAAGUUGUGUAAACAAUUGGGCCUUAGAUUUCGAAGCCUAGCCCAUAAAAAAUGCUGAUUCCGCCAUUCAUUCAAGUGCAGUUCCGCCAUUAAAAUGGUUGAAUAAAAAAAAUCUUUUGAUGAUUAUCUUCUCCUGAAAGCUCUCUACUUGGCUGCAAAUGCAAUGAAUUCGUUAGCGUUUUCAGUUGGGCGCUACCACACUCCCGGGAAAACUAAGCUCAGCACAACGACAGCCGUGAAGAAUGCUCGAACAACCGAAGCACCAACUGCCAAGUUCCCAACUCGUCACCAAGUAGAAGGCUCCUCCCAGUCCCAACAACUGCAGCUUAAUCAGGAUCAGAUUUUGGUCCGCCGGAGGGAAGCGAUAGGCGUCGGAUUCGCGGCGCUCAUCGGCGCUGUGUUUCAAGGGCGGCCCACAGCAGAAGCGGCAGAGACAGCUUCAUGUCAAUUCACUUCGGCACCGUCGGGCCUCGCCUUCUGUGACAAGGUCGUCGGGACUGGCCCGGAGGCGGUGAAGGGGCAAUUGAUUAAGGCGCAUUACGUUGGGAAAUUGGAAAAUGGGCAGGUCUUCGACAGCAGCUACAAUCGCGGCAAGCCCCUCAGUUUCCGCGUCGGAGUUGGUGAGGUGAUCCAAGGCUGGGACCAAGGAAUUCUUGGGGGUGAUGGAGUACCUCCUAUGCAAGCUGGGGGAAAACGCAUAUUGAAACUUCCACCAGAACUUGGGUAUGGCGUUAGAGGGGCUGGCUGCAGAGGAGGUUCAUGUGUAAUCCCUCCCAAUUCGGUUCUUCUGUUUGAUGUGGAGUUCAUCGGGAAGGCUUAAUCCUCUGGUAAAGGUGCUUCUACUGCUAGAGCAAGGAAUGGCGGGAGCUCUGCAUUAUCGUGGAAGACGACAGAUGGAGCUAUGGAGGCUUCAUCCAAUCACCCCAUCCAUUUGGUUUCGUGUUAUUUGGCCUGGUUUGUUUGUGUCUUUGUGAUUAUCUUUGUAGACGGAUGAAAUAUGACCAAUGAUCCUUUAGCAACGAGUUUAAUUCGUCGUAAUAUUGUUGUCAAAAAUAAUUUUGAUGGAUUGUUAUGGUAAUGGGCCGAGCUGUGUUGGGCUGUUGGACCAGUGGCCCAUUUCUUACCGUUUAUUGUAGUUAAUAUCCGCUUUCCGAACUCGCGUAUCCAAACAACCAAACACCCCCAAGGCCCAAAUCUAGUCACCGACUUCGAUUGAAUAAUAGUAAUACAAUGCUGAAUGCAUCAUGAUAAACCCUAAACGCCCAGACCGCCUUUCCUUCUUCAGUUUGCUGCCGCCCAGACAAAGAGAAAAGCUCUCCCAAAAGGAAAUCCAGACCCAACCGCAGAGGAAGCAGAAAGCAGUCAGAGAUGGGGAAAUCCAUUAGGUCGAAGCGGGAGAAGAGGCUGAGAGCCAUUAGAAGGGACAUGAUUCAACCCCUCUACGACAAGAUAGACGAAGCCAAGCUUGCAGCCAUUCAAGCAGCGCUCGCCGCUCCAAAGCUCCCCGUCAAGCCCUCGCCGUUCGAAUCUUCCUCAAUGGACACUUCCACUGUUAACAUCGUUGAUUCAACCCCGACUGCCAACGCUGAUGAUGGCAUGCUUCAGACCACCAACGCUGCUGGUGAUAUUGAAAUGGAUGACGAGAACGGCAAGAAGUCUGCAAAGCCAUGGGGGAAGAAGCUGAAGAAGAAGUUCAAGCUUGCCAGAAACAAACGCCGCGGUGGCAAGGGUAACUUCAAGCUCAAGAAGAGACGAUCUUAAUCUGUGCGACACUGCAACCAAAUUUUUGGCCUUUCCUUUCGUUUCUGCUGUUUGGAGUGAUCAUUCAGAGACAUGUUAGCUAUAGGCUUUGAAUUAGACCGUUGUGGCGGUGUUUUGUUCUGAUGCUCUACGCUAUGACAGUAUCAUUCUGCUUUGAGGAAAUGUUAUUGAAAUGUUAAGCCUUUUAUUGGUACAUAUCACAAGUAAGCUAUCCAAAAAAGUUCACCAUUCGAUGUCUUUUUUCCUGAACUCUUUUCUCAGUAGAGUUACACAGAGUCCCAAGAACCCGAAUCCGAACCCUAGUACUAUACUAACAUACAGUCCAGUACCCAAUUCAAAGAUUUCGUCUUCUUCGUCCUCUGGUUCUGUUCCAGUUGUUGGUGGUGCUGUUGUUGUUAUACUUUCUGUUGGACAUUUAACUCGGGAAGGAAAUCCACAGAGGAAGGGGUUACCCUGGUAGGAAGAUGCAUCAAAUGUUUGGAGCUGUCUUCCUGCUGGAAUCUUCCCUGAAAAGUUGUUAUACGAGACUAUCAAAUGCGUCAAAAAUGUUAAGGACGACAAGGUUGCUGGGAUCUCCCCGGAGAGCUGGUUAUGAGACAAGUCUAACGUUUCCAGGACUUUCAAGUCUCCUAUUUUCUCUGGAAUGGCUCCACUGAUAUGGUUGCUCGACAAGUUCAGAACCCUAAGAGAUAGAAGCUUUGUCAUCUCUUCGGGGAUUGGGCCACUCAAGUUGUUCUCCGAGAAAUCAAUGACAUUCAACAGAGCUAGAUUCCGGUUGUAAUCGUAUGCUCUCCCUUUGGUCACCACCUUGGUUUCCUCCUUGAAGUAGGCCAUACGGAACUGGAAGUCCCGAUAAUACAACUCGCUGCUGUUUCCGUAGACAAUAGCGGUCAAGUUGUCCAGGCACUUGGGGAUCCCACCCGAAAGAUUGUUGUGGGACAAGUCCAAGAAAUGAAGCAGCGGGAGAUUGCAGAGUGCUUCUGGGAUCUGUCCGUGGAACUGGUUAGAUCGAAGACGGAGCACAAAAGUGGCCGAUAAAUUUUCGGCCAACCAUGAAGGUAUUUCCCCUGAGAGCUGGUUUUCUCCAAGGUCGAUGCUGGUCAAUGCCGAGCAGUUCUGCAAUGAAGAUGGGAUUUCUCCGACCAGAUUGUUUUCGCUCAAUAGCAGCAUUCCAAGCGAUCUCAGCAGUCCCAUCGAGCUAGGAAUCUCACCUGAUAAGCUAUUGUUUGAAACAUCAACGACCCACAAGGACGACGUUGACAAAUCCCUCCAGCAGUCAGGUAGCUCUCCUGAAAGGUAAUUGUUCCUGAGAGAAAGAACUUGCAAGUCUGCCAUCUUGCAUAUGGAUAGUGGAAUUGUGCCGUUUAGAGUGUUGUCUGAGAGGUGAAGGUUUCGCAAUCUUGGCAUCAGCGUGCCAAUGUCCCGAGGUAUUGGACCUGAGAGUGAGUUCUCAUGGAUGUAAAACUGAGUUGCAUUGGUAGACCAGCGUGGGAGAAAUCCCUCAAAGCGAUUGGAGGAAAGAUCUAGCAUUUCUAAUUUGGGAGAAACCAGUUCUUCAGGAAGCUCGCCCCUGAUCUGAUUCUCUGACAGGUCCAUGACGAGGAUUUCAGCUGACAACUCAGAAAACCAUUCCUUUGGUAUGGUGUCAGAAAUGCCGACAUUUUGGAGUUUCACCUGCGUCAGACGAUUCUGAACUUGAAGCCAAGUGGAAAAUGGAGGGCCGACAGUACAAUCCUCGAGUUGAAGAUAGUCGAGCCUGAAAGGAGGGAUCCACUGGGGAUCCACCUUGAACACCAGGGAGCUGGAUGAAAGCAUCAAGCUUUCCAAUCUGGUGAGCUUCAUCAGGUGAGCUUCUGUUAUGACUCCUUGCCAUGAAUUUGCAAUGAGAUUCAAAUCUCUUAGCUCAGAAAGUCGGCCAAAACUUUCAGGGAUGCUGCCGUUCAUCUUGUUCGAGUGUAGGUACAGAACUUCCAAUGCUGAUAAGUUGCCAAUGGAUGCUGGAAUAGAACCCCAGAGAGAGUUGUAAGCCAGGUCCAGAUGUUUCAGAUUCUUGAAAAGUCCAAUUGAAUCGGGCAAUUCUCCCACUAAGUCGUUCGAGUUCAGAUUAAGCAUUUCCAAGCUCACAGUCUGACACCCAGUAAAGGAAUUCAGCAACCCCGAAAUGUCCCCACUGAAUCUGCCUGAUGCAAGUCCCAACUUCCUCAAGUAGCAGAGGUUUCCCAACGUGACUGGCACAGGACCGCUGAAGUUGUUCAAUGACAAAUGGAGGUCCUCCAGAGAUUCAAACUUCCCAAAGUCAACAGCGAUGGAACCACUGAAAGAAUUGGUGCUGAGAUCUAGUCUAGUUAAGCUAGUAAGAGUAGACAGCCACUCCGGAAACGAAGAGUUAAAUAAAUUCUGCGACAGAUCGAGGACUGAAAGCGAACUGAAAUUGACAAAUGGCAACGUGACUGCCAUAUCUUGAAGCUCACAGCCAUGGCAGUACAACUCCAGCAGAGAAGGAAUCAUAUUGACAGCGUGCAGCCACUUCGCAUCAGAGCUAUGAAUGGUUACAAAACCGAGAUUGAGGUGUUUCAAAGAGGAGAGACCAGAGAGCCAAGAUGGGUUCUCUAUCUCCAUCCCCUGACGGCCACCUGCGCUGAAUGAAUCGGCGUAGAUGUCCAGGUAAUGCAAGGUUGACAAAUUGCCGAGAUGGGGAGGGACCAGUCCAGCAAAUGAUGCAUACGAGAGGUUGAGAUACCUCAGGUGCUUGAACUCGCCCAAGAACUCCGGGAUUUGGAGUCCUUCGAAGUCGUUCAAGCUCAAGUCCAGGUGAGUCAAGUGAUCCAGUUGAAGCAAAGAGGAAUUCAACUGACCUCCGAGGCAUGACAGUUUGUAGGCGUCCAGUUGCUCUGUGGUCAUUGAGUAUGGUUCGAGGUUGAUGGGGAACGAGUUGCGGAGAUCAAGCCUCAUUACAUUCCCAGUCUUGUUGUCGCACUCAAUGCCUCGCCAACUGCAGCAAUUGUUUCCACCCCAAGAAGACAGGCGGGCCGAAGGAUCGACGAGACCCUGCUUGAAAGCUAAAAGCGCUGUUCUCUCUUGUCUUAAGCAUCCUCCGACUGUUACUUGUUGUCCAUUGCAGGAAGUGAAUUUGAAGAUGGCGUUUGAGGAAUAGGCAAAGAGAAGGAGAAGGAGCAGUAGGUGCAGGUCGAAGGGUUUUCUGCAAUCCAUACCAGAAGAGUGUGCUGAGAGGGGGGAAGAGGGCGUCCGCAGAGUGAGGGAUUGCCGAUGAACACAGAAGGGUCGUUGAACCUCUGGAGCCCUAUGGGGAUUCUUCCUUGCAGACUGUUGUACGAUAAGUUCAAGUGAAGCAACGAAGCUAUAGUAGCCAAACUUGGUGGUAUUGAACCCAUUAAAUGGUUGUGUGACACAUCAAGCGCUUCCAAGUGCUGCAGAUCUCCAAUGCCAUUUGUGAUUUCUCCGCUUAGUUGAUUCCUCGACAGGUUCAGGAUUCGCAAGGCACUAAGCUUCGUGAUCUCACCAGGAAUAUUGCCGGUCAGAUUGUUUCCAGAUAGGUUAAUGCCAUUGCCGUUUGCAAGAAUUGCAUCCAGCUCCAUUUUCCUUCCCUUCAUUGCCACCAGCAACAGCUGUUCAAAGACCUCCCCACUUCUACCUUCUACCAUGGCUGUCAGGUUUGGAAGGCACUUGGGUACAGUCCCUGAGAACUUGUUACCAGAGAGGUCCAAGAUAUGAAGGUUUGGGAGACUGCAGAACUGUGGGAAUAUUGGCCCACUGAAGGAGUUGAGCUGCAGAUUCAGCAUAAAAAGGGAUUGGAACUUUGUCCCUAUCCAAGAAGGUAGAACCCCAGAGAAUCUGUUCUUUCCAAGAUCCAUGCUGGUUAAUCCAGUGCAGUUUUGCAAGGAAGCAGGAAUCUCUCCAUCAAAUCGAUUGCUGCUCAACAACAGUAUGCUGAGAGAACGCAAGGAACCGAAUGAAGCUGGGAUUUUACCAGUAAGACUGUUGUUUGAUACAUCUAUGGCCCAAAACAUGAAUGAAUGGUACCAACAGUCUGGGAUUUCUCCUGAAACGCGGUUGUUCCUGAGAGACAGAAUCUGAAGCUCCUGCAUAUCACACAUGGAGGAUGAGAUCUUACCAACAAGUUGGUUCUGUGAAAGGUAAAGGAUGCUUGCAUUGGUGGACCACAUUGGGAGAGGACCUUCAAACUUGUUGGAGCUGAGAUCAAUGGUGCUUAGCCUUGGAAACUUCAGUUGCUGACUUGGCAACUUCCCUGUGAUUUGGUUGCUUGAGAGGACCAAAAAAGUGAGCUCAGAAGGUAAGUUUGAGAACCACUCUCCUGGUAUGGUGUCUGAAAUCCCAACAUUUCUGAGGGUCACAGAAGUAAGUUGGUUCUGGACUUGAAGCCAUGCAGGAAAAGAAGGACCGACGAUGCAGUUUUCAAGUUGGAUGGACUUAAGCUUGAAUGGAGGAACCCACUUCACCGGGACAUUGAAAAUCAACGAAUGAUUGCUCGAAUCCGUGGUCAGUUUGAAAUUCUCCAGGCUUCUGAGGUUCACCAUGUGAGUUUCUUUCAGAACCCCUACCCAAGAAUUCUCCACCAGGUUCACAUCAAUCAGCGCUGAAAGCUGCCCAAAGCUAUCUGGGAUGCUCCCGUUCAUGUUGUUGUAAGAAAUAUCCAAGUGCUUCAAAGAGGACAUCUUUUCUCCAACAGAAUUCGGGAUUGAACCCCAGAAUCUAUUGCUAGAAAGGUCGAGAUGCUGCAAAUUAUGAAGCACAACUCCUAACAGGUCAGGCAGUUGGCCUUCCAAUGAGUUGGAACUCAAAUCCAAAAAUAUCAAGCUGCUACUUGGACUUCCUGCAAAUCCACUGAUGAACUCCUGGAUUCCACCAUUCAUAUCAUUAGCUGAAAGGUCUAACACCUUCAGCUUUCGCAGACUUCCAAAGAGCCCAGGAAUCUGGCCUCCGAAAUCCAAAUUGUUGGACAAAUCAAGUAUUUCAAGAGAUUUGAGCCUUGCAAACUCACUGGGUACAGGACCAUGGAGGAAGUUCCAUCUGAGAUAUAGUUCCCUGAGACCGGUGAGGUUGAACAGCCACUGGGGGAUUGGAGCAUUGAAAGAGUUGUCUGACAAAUCAAGGACCGAGAGCGAGGGGAAGUUGGUACCAAGGGGCAGUGAUUGCGGAAGGACUUGAAGCUGGCAGUACUGGAGCUUCAGCUCCACCAAAGAUGGCAGCAUACUCACAGCAUGAAGCCAAUCUCCACCAUUGCUCGUGUUGAUUCUCACGAAUCCCAUGUUCAAGCGGUUGAGGGAAGCGAGUCGGGUGAGCCAAUUCAGAUCAUCUGCUCUCAGUUCUGCUGCCGCAGUUCCACCAUAGGAAUCCGCGUAGAGGUCCAGGACUUGUAACUUCGACAGGUUUCCAAGCUGGGGUGGAAUUUCUCCACCAAAAGAGGAGAAGGAGAGAUUGAGGUACGUCAGAUCAUUGAGCUGACCGAGGAAGGCAGGAAUUUCAUUGCCUUGGAAAUCAUUGAGACUCAUGUCCAAGUAGCUCAGAGAUGGCAGGCGAAGUAGAGAGGAACUGAUGUUGCCGGCCAAACAGGAAGCUUUGUAAGCUGUUUGGUCAAUGAUUCCGCCAUUUGCUUGAGGGUAAGGAUUCUUGAGGUCGAGGUGGGUGACGGUUUGGUUGCUGCUGCAUUUGACGCCAGCCCAUUUGCAGCAGUCGUCGCCUCGCCAAGAAGAAAGCCUGCCUGAAGGGUCUGUAAGGCCGGUCUUGAAGGCAAGUAAUGCUUCUCUCUCUGUAUCAGUGCAUUUGGCAUAUGAAAAGGGAAGAGAAUGAAGAAAGAGGAGGAAGUAAAGCAGAAACUGGAGAUGGGUUCUGAAGUUCUCCAUCUUUGUUUCCUUUGGUUUACUUUGGCUCACUAAGACUUAAGUUACUGAUGUUAUAUAUUUGGGGUUGGUCCCUGUUUGGGUGCUGGUGUGUGCUGACUAUGACCCAAUUCAGGCAUUCAGUGGAAGAGCACUGCCCACUCAUCAUGAACCAUAACAAUAUUUUGAAGUAGUGCUGCACUCUGGAUUAUGUGUGAACGGCUGACCAUGUGUGAAUGGCGGCUACCUCCAAAGAAACAGCUAUUGCAGCACUGGCAGUGGAAGUCGCGCAUACUACAACUACAUACAGACAGAUUUAUAAUGAAAGGUUUAUCCCACGUGCUGAUAUUAAUUUAUUUUAGCUUUGUAUCAGCUUUGAGUAAUAGAAUCAGAGAUGUUGUACAGCUGAUAUGCAGUGAAAUGGAGAAGAGAAGUAGGUAUCAAUUUUCACUGGAUGGCUAGCUCAUGAAGGAACUGGUUAUCCAAAGGCCUCCAACCUUGCCUUCAAAAGAUACACGAUUGGAGAGGGUUGUUGUUUAGGGAAGGCAUUCAUAUUCAUAUACUUAUAAAAGAUUCGGGGUACUAAAUUAGAACUAUAUUCCUACCUUAUGAAUUUUGGGUAUUCAUAGAUAAUGA